AUGGAGAAACUAAAAUCGCUCGAACCAAAGCCCCGAAAUCUCUUGACCCUGCCGCCUGAGAUUCAGGCCAAAAUCUUUUCACACCUUGCUGCUUCCUUUGGCAGGUCCAGUAUUCAACCGGUCCUGAGAACAUGCAAGACGCUUUAUGAGGUGGCACUUCCAAUUUCUGUGAGCGAGUUUCGAAACACAGUGCACAGCUCUGAAGGCCAAGGACCGUGUUCUCGGAUCCGCAACGCGCAGUUCUUACGCUACAUUCUUGUUUCCAAGCCUUGGCUGGCCAAGCAUGUCAACACCGUCAUUUUUGGCCAAAUUGCAAAUCGUAGUGGCGAGGAAAGAAGAAAAUAUCCGGAAGACGGGAAACCGGACUCAACCAUUCCCACUGAUGACGAGCUUGUUGUCUACCGUCAGCAUAUUGAGUUAGUCUUAGGGCAGUUACCAUCUGAUUAUAUCAAGGGAUGGUAUAAUCACUGGGUAAAGGACCUUGAGAGGGGCACUUCCGAUGCCCAGAUAAGCUUGAUUUUGCUGGCUUGUCCGAAUAUCCGAACAGUCAUGUUUGAGAUGUCCAAACACAAAAGCCAUUUCCCCCGUUUACUAAACUUCGUGCGAAACCUGGUUGAUAUUAAUACCUCCAUCCAUACACCCGGGUCCGAAUGGGGCGACGGCAAUCAUCCGGAUAUGGUUAUCCCGCUUUCAAAUGUUCAAGACGUGUUUCACGAAACCGUUGAUUACAUUCACGGCUACUCAGAGUUUGAGAUGGACGGUCCAGACCUCUUUGCCCUUCCCCGGCUUCGGUCCUACGAGUGCAUUCUGGCUCGCGGGAAUGACACUGCUGAGAGGAGAUUUGGAGAUCUUCUGCGUAGGAGUACUUCGGUUUCUUCAGUUGAGGAGAUUACUCUGCACUGCUCUGCCUUCACGCCAGGUGCGCUCAAGAAAAUGCUGCGCGUCUGCAAAGCCCUCAGAAAGUUCGAAUUUACACAUCACGGCUAUUCUAUAUCUGGCCUAAUGAUGCCCCGAGAUAUAUUGCACGCUAUCUUACCACAUAGCAAUACACUCGAGGAUCUCUAUAUUAAUUUGAAAGAGGAUUGGGAUAAAGGGUGGAAUUGGCAUGAUUGCCCUGAGAGACUAUAUAUGGGAAUAAGACUUCGCGAAAUGCGUGUACUAAAGAAGCUUACAGUGGGCAUGCAAGCCCUAACAGGUAUUCUUGGUGCAAAGCCCGAGAACCAUGCCUCAGUAGCUCGCCAAAUGCCGCUUGAGGUUGAGGGCGCUCCUCGGCUUGUUGAUUGUCUGCCUGAGAAUGUAGAGUAUCUGAAAGUCCGUGCAUGCGGCCUAGGGAUAGUGUCUCAGGUGGCAGAUCUAAUCAGUGCUGUUGAAGAGGGUAGCCGCUUCAAAAAGCUAAAAUACAUAGGCUUGCUGUUCAAUGGAUGGACCACAGGAAAAGAGGUUGACAAAAGUCAAGUUCACUUGAUAUGCAAUGCACCCGAUGUGCACUUAGAUAUUGGUUUUCAAGACAAAACACGAGCAGUUUACGACCUGGGACGAGAUAUUGGAGAGGGAAACGGAAGAGAACCCCGUACCUGUAACUUGACCUCUCGGAUACACGCCCAGGAUUCUCGCCAGCAUUACUUCGAAACGCGAGGGAUCUCCGAGAUUCCGUGGUACCCAAAGAAUACUGAUUCGUUUUAG